CUUAUAUUAUUGAAGCCUAGAUUUUACUUAGCAAUGAGGAGGGAAUUUGAAGAUAAAGCAGCUAAAUUAAUCGGUUCAGAUCUGAGGGACCUUGGUUUUGCUGCUAAUAAACUCGCCAAAAACGCUGUUAAACUAGCUGCUGUAUCCGGCGCUGGAGUCACGGUGCUUGAAUCCAUUGCUUCCAUCGCUGCUAUCUAUUUGCUUAUUUUGGAUCGUACAAACUGGAACACCAACAUUCUUACAUCCUUACUCAUUCCAUACAUUUUCUUCAGCUUACCUUCAUGGAUUUUUGGCUUCUUUAGUUUGCAACCAUUAAGAGACACUAGAAAGAAGCAGGUACAACUGUGGAAGGAUCUUAUUCUAGAUUAUUGUAGAACACAAAAGGUAUUUGUAAUUGGGCUUGAAGAAGAAUUUUCUCUAUUUUCAAAUCCUGUAAUUGGAAGGUCUCUUACUUAUGAAGCUAGAGAAGCAUUCCUUUCAACCUUAGUAGCUGAUGGACGUGCUGAGUGGAUGGAUAAAGGACAUAGGAAAUGUCUUAUUCUCUGGCAUCGGAUUCAUGAGUGGGCAGAAACUUUAGUACAAUUUGCAAGAGAUAAUGGGCUGGAAGAUGGUAUUGUGACGAUGGAAGAAAUAAGGUUUGGGACUGAAUCUCAAGGAACAGCUUCCAAACAGAUUAAUUGUGAAAUUUGCAGCAAGGCCAUGGAGCAAGUGAGCAAGAACCAGGCAUUAGUAGAUACUAUUGGAGAACCAAUAGUUAAAGCUCUGGAUCGUGCUCAUAGGAUUGGACAGAAGAAAUAAGUACAAGUUUUCUGAUUUUGCACGGAGGUAUUUUCUGGCUGAAAUUGAGGGAUCUGAGCAAAAAUCUGAUUCAGAGGCUGAAAAGGACUGCAGAUGCUGUUGGAUUCUGACCUCCUUGCACUCAAAGUGAAUUUUCUGGAGCUACAAAAGCCUAAUUGGCGCGCUCUCAACUGCGUUGGAAAGUAGACAUCCUGGGCUUUCCAGCAAUGUAUAAUAGUCCAUACUUUGCCCGAGAUUUGAUGGCCCAAAUAGGCGUUCCAAAUCAGCUCAAAACUGCCCGGCGUUAAACGCCGGAACUGGCACAAGAAUGGGAGUUAAACGCCCAAACUGGCACAAAAGCUGGCCUUUAACUCCAAGAGAAGUCUCUACAAAAAAUGCUUCAAUGCUCAGCCCAAGCACACACCAAGUGGGCCCGAAAGUGGAUUUUUAUGUCAUUUACUCAUUUCUGUAAAUCCUAGGCUACUAGUUCUCUACAUAUAGGACCUUUUACUAUUGUAUUCAUAUCUUGGUAGCUAUCUUUGAGAGUUUUAUGCUAUCUUAGAUCAUGGGGCUGGCCUCACGGCCAUGCCUAGACCUUAUUCUUAUGUAUUUCAACGGUAGAGUUUCUACACACCAUAGAUUAAGGUGUGGAGCUCUGCUGUACCUCGAGUAUU